AUCACAGACGUAAUACGUCUAUCUCGAUCGAACGUAAACUGUGACAGCGCUCUCGUAAGCCGCGUCGGAAGCUCCCGAAUGAAAAUGAAGACACGCGGAGGUUAAUGUUGACGUGUACGGAUUUUGACAGAUCGGUCGCAUGUCAACAAAACUAAACAUGCACGUGAAAAUCAUGGCGUGCUCCGGCGGAACGAGAGCCGAUGCUCUAAGAGCUCUAACGUAGAAAUCAAAGUCAACGAGCUAAGCGAGUCCAUGAACGAUGCAGCUACAAAUAUCAUUGGAUACUUCGUGUGAUGACAGGACCACUUCCUGGUCGAGGAGGGAAAGACAGAAAUGGUUUCUGUCAUUGCUGUGUGGCACUUGCCUGAUAUAUGCCACGCGCACGUCUGUCCCCUUAUUGAUACCUAUUGUCAGUCAGGAAAAGAAUUGGUCAAAAUCCGAUUCAGGCAUAAUAUUAUCAAGCUUCUUCUGGGGAUACACAUUGACGCAAGUAGCCAGUGGCUAUAUUAGCGACAAGAUUGGUGGGCAGAGAGUACUGUGGAUAUCUGCCCUCGGUUGGUCAAUGACAACCUUCUUCAUGCCAGAAAUCAUAGAUUUUUUUUCUGGGGACGGAACUUCUGUAUUGCUCGUUGCAGUGGUGAGAAUGAUAAACGGAGCGUUCCAAGGAAUGCAUUUUCCUAGCAUGAUUAGCUUGAUCAGUCAACGCUUGCACGAGGCGGAAAGAGCCUCUUUCUUUAGCUUAUUAACGUCGGGAUCUGCUCUGGGCACUCUACUCACUGGGUCUUUAGGCUCGUACCUUCUGGAGAAUUAUAACUGGAUGAUUGUUUUUCGAGUGUUAGGGGGCAUGAGUUUGGCAUGGACAGCUUUAUUAAGCUAUCACUCGCUGCCUUUUAAGGAAAAAGCAGCUUCUACCAAGUCGACUACUGGCUAUACUUUGCCUUGGUCCAAAUUAUUGUCACAGCCUCCUUUCUGGUCCUGUGUUAUUGGACAUGCUUGCCAAAAUAAUUGUUUCUUUGUAUUACUUUCGUGGAUGCCUACAUAUUUCCAUGACACGUUUCCUGAAGUUAAGGGUUGGGUUGUAAAUAUGGUGCCAUGGCUAUCGAUGCUACCUUGUACAUUCUUGGGGAAAGCUUUGUCAGAAGAAAUCAUUAAAGCCGGCUAUUCUGUGACUGUGACACGCAAAACAAUUCAGACAAUUUGUUUUGUCAUCGAAAUUGGAAGUUUGUUAUUCUUAGUGAAAGUGGACAGUUUUCAAAAUGCAGUAUUUUGUCUCGCAUUAAUUAUCGGUGGCUCAGGCUUCCACAAUAAUGCUAUCGCUGUAAAUCCCUCGGAUCUUGCACCAAAGCACUCUGGCAGCGUAUUUGGUUUGAUGAAUACUGUUGGUGCGAUACCUGGUUUUCUCGGUGUAUAUUUUUCCGGGCACAUUUUACAUGUGACACACAGCUGGCCUGCCGUUUUUCUAUUUAUAGCUGUUAUUGACGCAUUAGGCUGUAUAAUGUUUUUAUUGUUUGGCUCGGGCCAAGCGAUUAUAUAAAUUGUAAAAUAAAUUUCUAUGAAAUAUUAA